AUGACCGCGCACUGGAACAAGUUGCCCGGAGAGGUUGUGGAGUCUCCCUCACGGGAGAUGCUCAGGAACCAUCUGGACACCACCCUGUGCCACGAGCCGCGCCCCGCUCACAGUCCCCGCUGCCAACGCCGCGGCGGCCCCGGACACCGGCACUGCCCUGAGCGCCGCGCUGCGGCGGGCCCGGCCCCGAGCCGUGCGAGGGCAGCAGCCGCGGGAAGGGGAGGAGGAAAAGAAGACAGAGGUUACCUGGCCCGCCGCCGGGACGGGCUGAGCCCUGCCGCCGCCGCUGCCCGCCCGCGCCGGCCGCGCCGCGCCCUUUCCCUUCCCUUUCCUUUUCCGGGUACGGCGGCCGCCACGCGCCGCUCCGGAGCUUCUCCAACGGCGGAGGGGAGCGGGAGUCACGUGGGGGUGGCGGAGCUGUGGCUUCCACACCGGCUGGAGCCUCUCCGAGGGUCCCGCUGCCCCCCUCCUCCGAGUGCUGCCGGUGCCCUGCGGGAGCUGCUCCGGGGCUCUCUGACUGAAGGACAGAAGGGAAAUAUGCACCGUGAACAACUCCAGAAACAGAGAGCAACAUGUCAGAAGGUUAUGGAUUUGUUCUGUGCAGUCACUUUUGAAAGGCUGAUUGCCAUGAGCACAGUGGAGCGAUGACAGGAGGUGAAACUCCAGUGACCAAAUCCCUGGGAAAACAUCAGGGAAGAACACCCUAAUCUGGAUCUGGGACUGUGAAAGGAGGAGGAUGUGCCU